GGGAGGCCGCUUCCACCUCGAAGCCGCCCGCGGCCGCCCGCGCCGCGCCCAGAGUCAAGGGCCAUGUCUGCGGCGGGGUCUCCAGCGGAGGCCCUGCAGGAGGGGCCGGAGAGGCCAGCGCCGCCGGAGGCGCCGCCGGAGGCACCGCGAGGCGACGGGCCGCCCGCCAAGAGGGCGAGGCCGCCGCCGGCUGCGGCGGCGCCGGCGCCGCCCCCGCGCGGAGGGCCCCCCGCCAAGAGGGCGCGGCUCGGCGAGGGCGAUGCGGCGGAGGGGGUCGCCUGCAGGGCGCCGCGGGACGGCGACAUCGCGGUCCACCUGGGCCCGUCCUCGUUCGAGGUGCGCACGGCGGAGGAGGCAGCGGCCCUGGUGCGGCUGCUCCGGGGCGGCCAGGAUCGGGGUGGGCCCCACGCCGAAGAGGGAGAGAGGGCGCUGCUGCAUGUCGCUCCUGCGCAUCCUCGUGGCGGCGGCGGCGUCCGCGAUGCUGGCGGAUCACUACGUCAGGCUGGCGGUCUGCAAGCCGGCCGUGGAUGCGUUCGCGUCCCGGCUGGCCGCCUCGGACGUGGAGCGCCAGGUAGACAUGGACAGAGUGGAGGAGAUGGUGGCCUUGCUGGACGCCGCGUCUAGCGAGAAGGAUGCGAAGGCGGCAGCGCACAAGGCUGAGGCAGACUCGCUGAGAGCCCAGCUCGAUGUCGCGGAGCAGGAGAGGAAAACGGAGGAGGAUGCCGCUCGGAACCGACUGGCCGCAGCAGAGGGGGAUAAGAAUGCGAAGGCAGCAGAGGUUGACGCACUCAGAGACCGACUGGCUGUCGUCGAGGAGGAGAAGACGGCAAAGGCGGUCGGAAUGGACGCGCUCACCGCCAAACUCGCCGAGGUGGAGGAGGAGAAGAAGGCGAAGGCGGCGGUGGAUAGGGCCCUUUUGCAGGCGAAGGCCGACGAGGUGGAGCUGCUCCGAUCCCGACUGGACGCAGCGGAGAAGGAGGGGAAGGCCAGGGCCGAAGAGGCGAAGGAGCUCAGGGACAGACUGGACGCGGUGGCGAGGGAGAGGAGGGCGAGGGCGGACGGGGCGGCCGCACGGGCCGUUCCCUAG